UGAACCGAAUAGACCAAAGAGUCGAUUUUUUAAUUAUUUUUCAAGAGUUUUGAGGAAAAAAAGGCAAAAAUGACAACAUACACUGACAAAGGACCCAAGCCCGAAGCAGGAAAAUUCGUUUGCUUCGAUCACAUCACUUUCUACGUGAGCAAUGCCAAGCAAGCUGCCAGUUAUUACUGCACUCGCAUGGGUUUCGAACCAUUCGCCUACCAAGGACUCGAAACUGGAAGUCGCAAAGUCACCAAACACGCCGUCAAACAAAAUAAAAUCGUUUUUGUCUUCGUUUCCGCUUACGAACCCGACAACUAUGAAAUUGGCGUGCAUUUGAUAAAACACGGAGAUGGCGCAAAAGAUGUUGCCUUUGAGGUAGAAGACUUGGAUUCGAUUGUUGCACAUGCCCGAAAACGCGGCGGAAAAAUUGUCAAAGAAAUUUGGGAGGAAUCUGAUGCUUUUGGAAAAGUUCGUUUUGCCACUGUGCAAACGUAUGGAGACACGUGUCACACUUUUGUCGAACGCAACAACUACAAGGGACUUUUCUUACCGGGCUUCAAACCGCCAAUGCACGAUGAUCCCCUUUUGAAGCAUUUGCCUCCCACGAAACUCGAUUUCAUCGAUCACUGCGUCGGAAAUCAACCAGAUUUGCAAAUGGAGUCGAUCGCCAAGUGGUACGAGCAAGUUUUGCAAUUCCAUCGUUUCUGGUCCGUCGAUGACAGUCAAAUCCAUACCGAAUAUUCGGCAUUGCGGUCGAUUGUCGUGACAAAUUACGAAGAAACAAUCAAGAUGCCAAUUAACGAACCUGCUCCCGGCAAGAAAAAGUCCCAAAUUGAGGAAUUUGUCGAAUAUUACGGAGGUGCCGGAGUUCAACACAUCGCUUUGAACACGCAUGACAUCAUCGGAGCCAUUCAAAACUUACGAGCAAGAGGACAGGAAUUCCUCACAAUCCCCGAUACGUAUUACGAUAUGUUGCGUGAACGCUUGAAGACGAGCAACAUUAAGAUCAAGGAAGACAUUGAUGUGUUGCAAAAGUUGAAAAUUUUGAUCGAUUACGACGAAAAUGGAUAUUUGUUGCAAAUUUUCACGAAAAACAUGCAAGAUCGUCCCACACUCUUCCUCGAAGUCAUUCAACGUCACAACCAUCAGGGAUUCGGCGCCGGCAAUUUCAAGGCGUUGUUCGAGGCGAUCGAGCUGGAACAAGAAAAACGUGGCAAUUUGUAAUUAUUUUAAGAAAAAUUUAUUUGAAUAUCUCCAAUUUUUAUCACCAAUAAAGCAUUUAACCAUAAA